CCUCGAACGCCGCUGAAAUUUGAAAUGCAGUUUGAAGGAGCAGUGACUAGUUAGAGUUACAGUAGCUUGAGGGAAACGGCAACAUCGGCUCCAGCGAUGGCCUGUGUUUUGGCCGAGAGGAAGGAGAAGGCUCUCCUGGCCUGGGUAAACAGUUUUGCCCUGGGUGACUCGGUUGGGAAGAUUUGCGAGUUGAGGGAUGGCUACCUGCUCAGCCAGUUACCUGCCAGGCUUGGUGGGAGAGAAGCAGUAUCCUCUGUGGAUCAAACGCCAGCAGAGCGUUUCAAGGAGGUGGCGGACUUCCUGGACAAACAGUGCAGAUUUACUGCUGGAUGUGGCGUCUCCAUCAGCUGGGAGAAGAUCACGGACGCCCUCAGCAGCCACGCCGACAUGGAAUUGGCCAAGGUGGUGCUCCUUCUGUGCCACCACUCUAUGGCAGUGUCGCUGUUCCCGAUGCACAGCCUGGACUAUGACACAGAGUUGGAGCUGGUGUCCAUGUUCCGAUACAUUGUGGAGGACGGCAGCGGAUACUACCUAACUGAGAACCUGGAGCAGUUUCUGACCAGGAAGACUGUGCUGGACGUAUCGUCGUCCAGCAGUGUGUCCAGUUCAGAUGGAGCAUCUCCCGCCCUCCCCCUCAGGAGGAAGACCUCCGUACGCUUCCUGGAGCUCAACACCGUGGCCAGCAACGCUGUUAGCUCUCCCAUUCAGGAGCUAAUGAGCACGCCUCAGUUCCAGCUGUGUCGCCUGAGGAGACAGGUAGCUCAGGAGGAGCAGGUACGAGACGAGCUGGAGAAAGAGUUGUCAGAACACAGGAGCAGCAUACAGGAGAAAGACUCCCAGGUGGCCCAGCUGCAACAUCGGCUGCAGAAGGUGCAGAGGGAGCAGUUGGACCAAGAGGCUCAACACAAGAACACACUGCAGGAGCUGCAGAAUAAGAACGAUGGGCUGCUUCAGCGUCUGCAUGAAGUCCUCCGACAGAGUCAGGAUCUCAAGACUGAUAACCUUCAAAAGGAGAAGCGAGUGGACCACCUCUGUGAUGAGAAUGGACUGCUCUCCACACAGGUGCGUGAGCUGGCUGGGCAGCUGGCGUCGCUAAGGCAACAGAUGAUGCUCCUACAGGAGGAGGAGCUUCAGAGUGGCAGCAGAAAGCAGGAACUGCAGCAGGAGCUAAGCCAAGCGCUGCAGCACAAGGAGUGUCUGAGUGAGCAGCUGGAGAUUGAGCGGGGGAAGGUGUGUGUGUUGGAGGAGGAGCUGACAGAGGUGCGCUUUCGGCCCUGUCACCAUGGAGACGGGGAGGUCAUGGGACCCAUAAUGGAGUGGGAACGUUUGCAGCAGGAAGUGACCAAACUCCAGGUUCAGCUUCACGAAGCUGCCACUGAGAAAGAGGCGGACAUGCUUGCCUUGGACACUGAGCGUUCUGAGAAGAUGGCGCUAUUACAGGAAGUUGCUUAUCACCAACAGGAAGUAACCAAACUGCAGACUCGACUUCGGGAAGCUGCCACUGACAAGGACGCGGAUAUGAUUACCUUGGAGACUGAGCGUUCUGAGAAGAUGGUGCUGCAACAGGAAGUAACCAAGCUCCAGGCUCAGCUUCAGGAAGUGGAAACUGAGAGGGGAGCUCAUAUCGUAGCCUUGGAAACAGAGCUUGCUCAGAAGAAUUUAUUGCAGGAAGAAGUCAUGCAGUACCAACAGGAAGUGACCACACUACAGACUCAGCUUCAGGAAGCUACUGCUGAAAACAAAGCUCAUAUGGUUGCUGUGGAAGCAGGACAUGCUCAGAAGACCUUGCUGGAGCAGGAAGUGACCAAACUGCAGACUCAGCUUCAGGAAGCUGCCACUGACAAGGAGGCGGAUAUGGUUGCCUUGGAGAAUGAGCGUUCUGAGAAGAUGGUGCUACAACAGGAAGUGACCAAGCUCCAGGCUCAGCUUCAGGAAGUGGAAACUGAGAGGGGAGCUCAUAUGGUUGCCUUGGAAAAAGAGCUUGCUCAGAAGAAUUUAUUGCAGGAAGAAGUCAUGCAGUACCAACAGGAAGUGACCACACUACAGACUCAGCUUCAGGAAGCUACUGCUGAAAACAAAGCUCAUAUGGUUGCCAUGGAAGCAGGACAUGCUCAGAAGGCCUUACUGGAGCAGGAAGUGACCAAACUGCAGACUCAGCUUCAGGAUGCUGCCACUGACAAGGAGGCGGAUAUGGUUGCUUUACAAAGUGAGCGUUCUGAGAAGAUGGUGCUACAACAGGAAGUGACCAAGCUCCAGGCUCAGCUUCAGGAAGUGGAAACUGAGAGGGGAGGUCAUAUGGUAGCCUUGGAAACGGAGCUUGCUCAGAAGAAUUUAUUGCAGGAAGAAGUCAUGCAGUACCAACAGGAAGUGACCACACUACAGACUCGGCUUCAGGAAGCUGCUGCUGAAAACAACGCUCAUAUGGUUGCCGUGGAAGCAGGACAUGCACAGAAGGCCUUGCUGGAGCAGGAAGUGACCAAACUGCAGACUCGGCUUCAGGAAGCAGCCACUGAGAAGGAGGCGGAUACAGUUGCCUUGGACAAUGAGCGUUCUGAGAAGAUUUCACUGAAGCAGGAAGUGACCAAACUCCAAACUCAGCUUCAGGAAGUGGACACUGAGAGGGGAGCUCAUAUGGUAGCCUUGGAGACGGAGCGUGCUCAGAAGACUGCUCUGCAGCAGAACGUUCUGCAUUACCAACAGGAAGUGACCACACUGCAAGCUCAGCUUCAGGAAGUCGCCACCAAGGGGGGUGCUGAUCUGGCAGUCUUGGAGAUGGAGCGAGCACAGAGGAUUACUUUGCAACAGGAAGUUACUAAUCACCAACAGGAAGUAACCAAACUCCAGGCUCAGCUUCAGGAAGCUGCCACUGCGAAGGAGGUCGAUAAAGUUGCCUUGGAUGCCGAGCGUUCUCAGAAGAUGGCGCUACAACAGGAAGUUACUAAUCACCAACAGGAAGUAACCAAACUCCAGGCUCAGCUUCAGGAAGCUGUUGCUGAAAACAAAACUUAUAUGGUUGCUGUGGAAGCAGGACAUGCUCAGAAGACCUUGCUGGAGCAGGAAGUGACCCAACUGCAGAAUCAGCUUCAGGAAGCUGUCACUGAGAAGGAGGCAGAUAAGGUUGCCUUGGAGACCAAGCGUUCUCAGAUGGCGGCGCUAGAACAAGGAAUUACUAAUCACCAUCAGGAAGUGACCAAACUCCAGGCUCAGCUUCAGGAAGCUGCUGUUGAAAACAAAGCUUAUAUGGUUGCCGUGGAAGCAGGACAUGCUCAGAAGAACUUGCUGGAGAAGGAAGUGACCAAACUGCAGACGCAGCUUCAGGAAGCUGCCACUGAGAAGGAGGCAGAUAUGGUUACCUUGGAGACUGAGCGUUCUGAGAAAAUGGUGCUACAACAGGAAGUUACUAAUCACCAACAGGAAGUAGCAAAACUGCAGGUUCAGCUUCAGGAGGUCUCCACCAAAGGGGGUGCUGAUCUGGCAGUCUUGGAGAUGGAGCGAGCACAGAGGAUUACUCUGCAGCAAGAAAUUACUAAUCACCAACAGGAAGUGACCAAACUCCAGGCUCAGCUUCAGGAAGCUGCUGUUGAAAACAAAGCUUAUAUGGUUGCCAUGGAAGCAGGACAUGCUCAGAAGACCUUGCUGGAGAAGGAAGUGACCAAACUGCAGACGCAGCUUCAGGAAGCAGUCACUGAGAAGGAGGCAGAUAUGGUUACCUUGGAGACCCAGCGUUCUCAGAUGGUGGCGCUUCAACAGGAAGUAAUUAAUCACCAACAGCAAGUGACCAAACUCCAGACUCAGCUUCAGGAAGCUGACACUGAGAAGGAGGCAGAUAUGGUUACCUUGGAGACUGAGCGUUCUGAGAAAAUUGUGCUACAACAGGAAGUUACUAAUCACCAACAGGAAGUAGCAAAACUGCAGGUUCAGCUUCAGGAGGUCGCCACCAAGGGGGGUGCUGAUCUGGCAGUCUUGGAGAUGGAGCGAGCACAGAGGAUUACUCUGCAGCAAGAAAUUACUAAUCACCAACAGGAAGUGACCAAACUCCAAGCUCAGCUUCAGGAAGCGGUCACUGAGAAGGAGGCAGAUAAGGUUGCCUUGGAGACCAUGCGUUACCAGAUGGCGGCGCUUCAACAGGAAGUUACUAAUCACCAACAGGAAGUGACCAAACUCCAGACUCAGCUUCAGGAAGUUGCCACCAAGAGGGAAGCAGACAUGAAGACUUUGGAGAUGGAACUUUCUAGGAAUACUUCACUAGCGCAAGAAGUCACUAAACUGCGGUCUCAGUUUCAGACAGCUGUGUCUGAGAGAAAAGCAGACCUUGUUUCCUUGCAGACAGAGGUUGCUCAAAAGGUGGUACUACAACAGGAAGUGAUGAAACGUGAAGAAGAGGUGACCAGGCUGCUUUUGCAGCUUCAGGAAGCUGCCAGGGAGAAGCAAGCAGACCUUGUUUCCCUGGAAACGGAGUGUGCCCAGAGGGUGGCGCUGCAGCAGGAGCUGUCUGUGCUGCAGGUGCGGCUGCAUGAGUGGGAGGAGUCUAAGAAGAGGGCGGAGAUUAAGGUGCAGGCCCUGCGCCGGGAGCUGGAGACAGUGCAGACGCUCAACAGCACACUGCAGAGGGAGAACAGCGCCACCCAGAGGCUCGCCGACACACUGCAGAAACAGCUGGAGAUGAAGGAGUACGACAGCAAGAAGGCGGUUGAGAAGAGGAAGCAUGCGGGAGAGAAGAGGAGAGUGGAGCAUGACCUCAGCUCCGACAGCCUGAGCCUGGAUGAUUCUCUCAACUCCACCAGUACGCCGGUGGCGAGGAGCUCUAGGCGGCUGGCCAUGAAACAGGGCUCGGUGGAGACACUCUACUUCACCCCUAUGGGGACGCAGCCCACCACACGGUUACCAGGCGACCGCAUCACCGACUCCGCCCACAAGCUCACCAGCUCCGCACAGCGCAGACGCACCACCCAGACCAUCAACAUCACCAUGAAAAGGAAUGAGAAGCCCAGUCUGCAGGCGGCUCAGUCCCACCCCAACCUGUCUUCCUGUCCUGUUGCCACGGAGCUCCCCACACAGCCUGGCAACCCUGCCACCACAGCAACCGCUGCUGCCAGCGACAACCUUCUCAACCUCCCCGGAUAUCGCCGCAGUAGCAUCUUCAACGCUGCUCCCGCACGAGCCUCCAGUGCCUUCUGUGUGGGGAUGGAGAAUGAGCCUGACCAGGCUGGUGAGGACUGGCUACGCAUCGCUGAGCUCCAGAGACGCAAUAAGAACUGCCCCCAGCACCUCAAGAGCAGCUACACACUAGAGACCAUGCAGGUUUUGGGGGCCCCGUGUGAGGAGGACGAGAUGCGUUUCGGGGACCCCUCGGAGACCCUGCGGAGAGCGUCCACUCUCCCUGGACAGCUGCAGGCCUCGCUGGCCUCCCAUAGGCUCUCAACGGUGCCCGCCAAACGCCCUGCCACCAAUCAGGGCCCAGCCACACCCGAGGUGAAGAGGCAGGCCACCUGUUUCUCACGCCCUCUGACUCCAAAGAACAGGAACACUACACACCUGGCCAAUCAGAACAGCCCGCUAAAGUCUCCGGCUGAGCGUAGGCAGUCCAUGAUGUUCUGCAUCGGUAACACGCCCCAGAAGAACGGUCUGAUCCUGCGCAGCCUCAGGAAGCUCCGCAACAGCACCCGCAAGAGCCCCGCCUCCCGCUCCGCCACCGCUGGCCCCGCCCCCCGCCGCUCGCCGCGCAACAGGAACUCCUCCAAGAAGAUCAUGCUUUAAGAAGACAGAUUUUACUUUUUGUAUGUAAUUGUAUUCUAUUUUAAUGUAAUUAUGUAAUUCAUUUGGCUUUAUUUCAAUUCAAUAAAGAUCAUUUAUAAAUAA